AUGUCGGAAGAUGAGCUGGCCACGUGCUUCGAGCGGGCGACACUCACUGAUGCCGACGAGGCCGCAGUGGCGACGGCAGCGGCUGCACUCGAGGAUGGUGAAGCUGCUGAAGCGUCAUCCUCGAGUGCUUCAGCAGCUCAGCCGCCCGUUGGCCGGCGGCGCAUUGAGGUGGCGGUUAACGACAUGCGCGGGCUGACGCGCGUCGUGCACAAGGGGCGAGACGGCUCCAUCUUCCUCAUCCCUCGCGAGCCCCUCGCCGAGGACUGUGGAGCGGACGCCUUUGGUGCCAACGAGGAGCAUGACGUGGCACGCCCUUCGCGGCACGACACGACUCGCUCGGUUGCAGGCUGGCUCAGCGCCGCCGCGCGGGAUUUGAGGCACAACCUGCCGGAUGCGCUUCCGGCGGCGGCCAAGGCCGAGGCGGUGGCGUACGCGCGCCUGCUCGAGGACUGCUGCGCGCUGCGGCGUGCCUUUGUCCUUGGCCUGCGAGACCCGUCGGGGGAGUCCUGGGUGGGCGGGCCAGACUCGCGCGUCGGCUCGGCCGUGCCGCCUGUGCCGCCGCCCGCUCCGGCGCUGCCUUCCGCUCCGCCUGCUCCCUCGGCGUGCUCGCCCUUCGAGGCCUUUGCGCAGCGGCUCGCCCGUGCCAGACAGGUGAUCGUCAUGCUCGGCGCGGGCGCGAGCGUCUCGGCCGGCAUCCCCGACUUUCGCUCGCCCGGCACGGGGCUCUACUCGCAGCUCGAGUCGUACGGCCUCCCCUUCCCGGAGGCCGUCUUCGACCUCACCUUCUUCGCGGACAACCCGCGCCCCUUUUACCGCCUCGCAAAGGAGCUGUGGCCCGGCAACCACGCGCCGACGCCCGCCCACCACUUCAUCUCCCUGCUCGCCGCACGCGGCAUCCUGCGCCGCUGCUACACGCAAAACAUCGACUCGCUGGAGAGCGCGGCGGGCGUGCCGCCCGAGCUGACCGUCGCUGCCCACGGCAACUUUGACGCGGCGCACGCGUGGUCGGCGUCUCGGCCCGGGGGCUCGCUGCGCCGCCGCCAGGCGGUCGGCGUCGAGAGGCUGCGGGAGGCGCUCUGGCAGGGCGAGGAGGCGGUGGAGGCGCUCAACGAGGAGAGCGGCGGGCUGGUCAAGCCCGACAUCGUCUUCUUCGGCGAGCAGCUUCCCGAGCGGUUCGGCCGCCUCGUGCCUGCCGACUUUGACGCGUGCGACCUGCUGCUCGUCAUGGGCACGUCGCUGCAGGCCCGCGACGUGCCGCGGCUGCUCAUCAACCGCGAGCUCGUCGGGUCCUUUGACAUUGCGGACGCCGGCGGCGCGGGCCCAACCGGCGCGGACCCUCUCGAGCGGCUCCUCUCGCCGCCGCGAGACGCCUUCUUCGAGGGCGACUGCGACGCGGGCGUGACCGAGCUUGCGCGGCUCGCCGGGCUCGGCGACGACCUGCAGGCGCGCGUCGCUGGUGGAGGAGGAGGCGCUGCAGGCACGGCUCAAGCGAGCAGAUGA